GUCAAACAGCCGAUGUCACUGUUCACGAGAUAAACAUGGACGUCGGAGUCCUCCAAACGACCGUUGCGGAGAUAGUCACAGUCAAAGAGCACCAACCCCGGGCCUAUUCUAUCAUGCCUUUCGUCUGGUGCUUAGGUUCGAUCAUCGGACCCGCCAUGGGUGGUGCGUUGGCACAACCCUGCGACAAUUACCCUUGGCUGUUCCAGCGUGGAACCAUUUUCGACAGUUUCCCAUUUCUGCUGCCCAACUUGGUCUGUGUUGUCGUUCUCUCGUCUGGUAUCAUUGUCGGCUUGUUGUUUUUGGAGGAGACGCAUCCCGAGAAGAGGAACCGCCGCGACCCGGGCUUGGAGUUAGGCAAUUGGCUGGUCAACAAGUUCAAGGGAUCCCGCGACAAUCUUGCCGAGGAAUUGGACGUCAAGGCGGACACCACCGGCGAUGAUUACUUCGUCUACGACGAUGUUCCACCCCCCGAAUACAGAAGUGCUGAGUCUUCUCCUCGUCUGGGUCCGAUGAAAGAAUCAGAUGAUCUCUCUACGGAUGACGACAUUGAGGGGCAGAUGAAAGGGCAGAAGCCCAAGGCUUUCACAAAACAAGUGAUCUUCAACAUCAUCGCCUAUGGUAUUCUCGCAUACCAUAGUGUUUCGUUCGACCAACUCAUGCCGGUCUUCCUCAGCACUCCUAAGUCCACUGACGCCGCUUCGCUUCCUCUAAAGUUCACCGGAGGUCUGGGACUGGCAACCAAGAAGAUCGGGUUUAUGCUUGCAGUCCAAGGUGUAUACUCGAUGAUUGCGCAGCUUUGGUUGUUUCCUUUCGUUGUUCGUCGUUUUGGCACACUCAGGGUUUUCCGCUUCGUGUUGCUGGUUUGGCCCCCCCUGUAUUUCAUGGUCCCCUAUCUCAUCCUUCUGCCGGAGAAGCUCCAGCUUGCUGCGGCCUAUCUGGCUCUGAUCAGCAAGAUCACUCUACAUGUCAUCGCAUUCCCCGCUACGGCAAUUCUGCUGGCCAAUGCUGCUCCAUCUUCUAAGGUGCUUGGUUCCAUCAACGGCGCCGCAGCCUCUACUGCCAGUUUGAGCCGCGCCUUUGGCCCGACUAUUACCGGCUUGUUACACUCAAAAGGUCUUGAGAGUGGAUACUCUGUGCUGGCAUGGUGGGCUUGCGGUCUUGUCUGCAUCAUUGGUGCCUUCGAGAGUUUCUGGAUGGAAGAGUCGGAGCGAGAAAAGGAGAUGGAAAAGAAAAUCCAACCCGAUGACAUGUCCGAGGAUCAAAACGUGUUGCGGGGUUCGUUCAUUGUCGGGAAGGAGGACGGCACACCCGAAGAGGUGCGGAGAUUGCUCUCUUCCGCGCGGACAAGCAUCGAUGAGCUGGACGUUCCCCCUCAUGUUGACUCAGCGCAACUACGCGCGCCUGAGUCUUUCAAGUCCGAAGUCGAGGUUUGA